AUGGAAACUUUGACAUCUGAGCAGAUAAAAUAGACUGUGCUAGAUUAAGAUAUUAGAUCCCUAGUUUAUUAAAAACUUAUUGAUAACAUUGAAAUUCUUAACAAUCAAACGAACAAAGUGAUUUCAAAUGUGAACUAGUUUUGCCAAAUAUCAAAUGCAUCAUUUGCAGAUUUCAACCUUGAAUAGCUUGAUGAUAAUUUAAAGAGCCUCAAGCUAUCAAAGAGCAUCUUGCUGCUAAACAAGUUAGUAACUUCUCAGCAGGAGUACAUUAUUAGUAUGGAGAAUAAGUACAAAGAACUGCAGAGCAUCCGCAUUGUUUAGUUGAAUGAUUUCUCCUUCUUGAAUUAUGAAAUGCUUUUGGAUGAUAAAAUAAUGAUAAGUGAUAAGUUUAAGCAUUUGAUUCAAAGUUUUACUAAGUAAUUUGACUUGAAAGAAGUAUUUGAAAAGAUGUUUGGCUAAUAUUUAGAUCAAUUAAAGAAUCAUGAAAAUACCAACUAAUCUGAAUACGACUUAAGAGUGUAGCUAUUAAACUAAUAAAAGUAGUAUAAGGGGCUAGAAUUAAAGCUAUAAUAAAUGAAACUUGAAUAUCAAUAGCAAUUGGAACUAAAUUACAAAGAGAUUCAAACAAUCUAGUUACUUAACUAGCAACAUGUGAAUAUUUAAGAUAGUAUUGAGGUUUAAACAAAAAAUCUUGGUAAUUUCGAUAAACUGAAUCGACAGUUUAGAUCCCAAGAAUAAUACCUUAAAGAGCAGCACAAUAUUAUUUAAGAUUAGAUCUAAACAGCCACAUUCAUAAUAGAGUAAUAAGCGAAAGGAAAGGUAAAACAUAGCAAGCAAAAGAUAAAUGAUUUUAACAACAAAAAUAGCUCCUAGAGGUAUUCUGACAGUUCAGAAUGGAAAGAAUAAAGUUUAAGUUAACCAAGGUUUGGUUAGUGCUUUAUCGCCUCUAGACACAAAUGA